UCUUUCACAAAAACCCAAUUCCAGUUAAAAAAAAAAAAAAAACAGAAACCCAAUACCUAGUUUGUUCAAACGCACAAAAACCCAAUCCCAGUAAUCCUCCCUAAAUCGAUCCCUCCCUCUCAGUUUUGUAAAAUCGUUCUCCCCAUCGCAUAUUUCACUUCAUCAUCAGCUUCGUUCCGUGAUAAACUUUAUCUUGCAAUUUCAGGUUGGUACCAAAAUGCCGGAUGUUCAUACCCUUGUUAAUGAAUUUUUGAAUCAGCUUAAAAAACGUAAAAUUGAAGGUUCUCAGGCCACAGCAAAACAGGCAGCAGAGUUGCUUCGGUCUGUGAUUUCACAGCAGAGGUUGCCUCAAACACACCAGGCUACAGCUCUGAUUAGUGCAGUAAGGGCUGUGGGGGAGAAGCUUAUCGCUGCUAACCCUGUUGAGCUUGCUGUGGGAAAUAUUGUGAGGCGUGUUUUGCACAUUAUAAGAGAGGAGGAUCUUUCCCUUGCCACAGCUGCUAUAGAUGGUUUGGAGCUAUCAGCUGUAAGUGAUGAUGAAGAUGAUGUGGAGCGAGAUGAUUAUCCUGUUUUAUCUGCUGCUGCUGUUGCAGCUGCUGCAAGAAGCACCUUGCGUCCACCAUCAUUGCAAACUCUUCUAGAGGACACACCUAUUUCAGCUGCCAUUCCACACACAUCUUCUUCAGGGGGUGAUUCUGAAGGGAAAAGUAGAUCUGUUGAUAAGAGUUCAAGAGGUCGGAAGUUGAAGCAUGAUGUCAUUGAAGCAGUUAAUGAACUUAUUCAAGACAUAUCUACUUGCUAUGAACAAAUAGCUGAGCAAGCAGUAGAGCACAUUCAUCAAAAUGAGGUAAUAUUAACGCUGGGAAGUUCAAAGACUGUGUUGGAAUUUCUCUGUGCUGCAAAAGAGAAAAAGAGAUCAUUUAAGGUGUUUGUUGCUGAAGGUGCCCCAAGAUAUCAGGGACAUCUCCUUGCAAAGGAAUUGGCUGCCAGAGGCUUACAAACCACAGUGAUUACGGAUUCUGCAGUUUUUGCCAUGAUUUCCCGAGUGAACAUGGUUAUAGUUGGAGCUCAUGCUGUCAUGGCUAAUGGUGGAGUAAUUGCCCCAGUUGGAUUAAAUAUGGUUGCACUUGCGGCUCAAAGGCAUGCUGUUCCUUUUGUCGUACUAGCUGGAAGUCACAAGUUGUGCCCUUUAUAUCCACACAAUCCUGAAGUCCUAUUGAAUGAGCUGAGAUCCCCAUCUGAGCUACUUGACUUUGGGGAGUUCUCGGAUUGCAUGGAUUCUGCAAGUGGAGGUUCUCUUCAUGUCGUUAACCCAACAUUCGAUUAUGUGCCACCAAAACUUGUUAGUUUAUUUAUUACCGACACAGGAGGGCAUAACCCAUCAUACAUGUACCGGCUCAUUGCUGACUACUACUCAGCUGAUGAUUUGGUGGUGAAACGAAGACCUGCCACCACGAGUUGAGUUCAGCUGGCCCAAUUUUUGUCCUACAAUGGGUGUCUAUGUUGUCCUCUGAAGAGAUAUGUUAAAAUGCGGGAGAAAAUGAACCUUGUAGUGCUGAGAAUUGGGAGGAUGCAAUUGUAUACGGGAAAUGAUCUGUGAAAAUACCCUGUGAAAGAAGGAAAAUUCCAUUUUUGUGAUUGCUUACCACCGGGGCAUAACCCUUAUUUAUUUUACUUUUUUGUCCAAUCGCAGGCUAUCAAGGGUGUCCCCCCUACUUUUUUGACUUGUAUAUCUUUUUCUACUCAAAGAAAUGAUAAUAGUAUACAUAAACUGUAGUUGUCUGAAAUUUGUUUCAUAAAAUGACUGACAGUAGAUUUUUAACAACAUGAAGUAUAAGUGGAUUGUUUGUUUUGAAAUGUGUGGUAAAUGGUAAUGUAUUCAUUGUUUGUUUGAGUGUAUUUUUAGAA